AUGACUGAAGUCUUCGAGAAAGCCGACAAGAACGAUGGCGAGAGCCUGCGUUCGACGAAUCGAGAGCAUUCAGUCGAUAAUGAGGUCAAGGUGUCAUAUCCGACCGGUUUGCGAUUGGUUCUCCUCGCCGGAGCAUCCAUCAUGGGAGUGUUCUUGAUUUCUCUAGAUCAGACCAUUGUGGGCACAGCCAUUCCCAAGAUCACGACAGAAUUCGGCGGCUUGAGUGACGUAUCAUGGUACAGUGCAGCCUACUUCAUGACCUUUGGUGGUCUCGAGGCUUCAUGGGGCAAGGCGUUCAAAUAUUUCGACAUCAAGUGGACAUUUGUGCUCUCCUUGAUCAUCUUUGAGAUUGGGAGUCUCAUCUGUGCCGUCGCUCCUAACUCAGUGACGCUCAUCGUGGGCCGGGCGAUCGCAGGUGUCGGAGCAGCUGGGAUCUCGGUUGGAGGCACCAGUAUCGUCGCUUUCAGUACUCCGCCCAAGACUCGCCCGAUCAUGAUGGGAUUCAUCGGUUUGACGUACGGUUUGGCUUCUGUUCUCGGUCCCAUCAUUGGCGGUGCUUUCACGGAUCGCGUCACCUGGCGAUGGUGCUUUUAUCUCAAUCUUCCGAUCGGAGGAGUCGCAGCUCUCGUUGUCAUCAUUUUCUUCUAUCUCCCUGCAGCAGCCCGACCAGCUCCAAUUGCUCUGCGACAUAAGCUGCUUCAUCUGGACCCUGUUGGGAUUUGCCUCACAAUGGCAGCGAUCAUUUGCUUCAUUCUCGGUCUUCAGUACGCCGGUACCACUUACUCCUGGAACAGCAGUCAGGUCAUCGGACUUCUCUGCGGAUUUGUCGUUCUCGUUUUCGCCUUGGUCGCAUGGUCCAUAUGGCUCGACGAGUAUGCCAUGAUGGUUCCUCGCCUCUUCAAAAAGCGAGCAUUGUGGAGCAUAUGUCCCUACCAAUUCUUCUUCCUGGGCGAUUUGAUUCUCAUCUUGUACUAUCUCCCCAUUUACUUUCAAUCCGUGAGGGGUGCAUCUGCCAUUCAGUCCGGAGUCGAUAAUCUGCCAAUCGUCAUCUCCGUGGCCGUCUUUUGCGUCUUGGGCGGCAUUUUCGUCUCCAAGACAGGACUACCAACUCCGGCUAUGUUUGCUGGUGCACUGAUUGGUACCAUUGGCUGCGGACUCCUUUAUACUUUGGAAAUCGACACGUCGCCCGCCAAGUAUAUCGGCUACCAAAUUGUUGUGGGAUCUGCGAUUGCAUUCUCGGUCCAGAACGGUUUGAACAUUGCGCAAGCGAGCGUUGAUGCCGAAGAUCUUCCAGCAGUCACCGCAAAUCUUUACUUUUUCCAAACCGUUGGCGGCGCAUUCACCGUCUCGUCAGCCCAAGCAGCAUUCAUAAAUCAAGCGAUCAGCAAACUUCGCACGUCUGCACCAGAGAUUGACGCCAUGAAGUUGAUUACAACGGGGGCUUCUGACCUGCGGACAGUAUUCACGCCCGAGGAAAUUCCCGGAGUGCUGCUCGCAUACAUGCAUGGCCUCAAGUCAGCUUUCGCCGUCUCGGUGGCCUUCUGUGGCCUUGCUUUUAUAUCCACAUUCUUUAUUCCUUGGGGCAAACUCAAAACCCAUUCUGGGGAUUCGGCCGAGGUGGAUUCGCCCAAAUCAACGUCGUCCGAGACUGUCGGGGCCGAUUGA